AACGAACAAUGUGAAAACAUUACACUCGAUUGAAGAUGCUAAAGAAUACACUAAAGAUCUUGCUGACAUUUGGGAACUACAGCGUUAUCAAAAUGGUAAAGAAUUUGUUGCCAUGUUACUGAGAGCACUUGAUCAACGAGAACAUCCAGAGAUUGCAUAUGAUUAUGCAUUUACCGAUGCACAGGGUGGAGACUAUUAUAUUUUGGUUAUUAUUCGUAAAUAUGCGGACAGAAUAGAGAUUUGUUCUUCGUAUCAAGACAUGACUCUUGUUAGCGGCGCCUAUAGCGGUAUUGCUUUAUUGGAACGUAAACUAAUUUCUUGGCUAAAAGAAAAUGCAUCAAGAAGUUUGGAGACACAUACGAAAGUAGUAAGAAAUUUUAGUGCAAAUUUAUACACUGCACAAACUAACACUAUAUCAAGUGAUGUUGGUGGUGAUAUGUACGGCUAUGAUUCGCAUGGAAACGUAUUACAACGACAUGGUAAAAAGUGA